AUGAGAGAGCUAUUGUCUCCAAAGGACAUUCACCACCGCAUAGCUCUAGCAGGCCUUGGUGGCGCUGGAAAGUCUAUGAUCGCGUUGAAAUAUGCGUUGGACCUAAAGAAGGCAGAGGACAUGACGUCGAUUUUUUGGGUCAAUGCAUCAAGCCGUUUCCAAAUUGAAGAAGGCUACCGAUUGAUUGCAAAGGCCGCCAAUCUUCCUGGGGCAGAGGAGGAAGAUGCAGAUAUCCUCCGGAUUGUCUAUGAGUGGUUGUCCAGUGACAAGUGCGGUGAAUGGCUUAUGGUACUGGACAAUGCGGACAGGUUAGACGUCUUCAUGGAUCGUCUCGAAGAGGGCUCUUGUCAAAAGCCGGUUUGGAACUUUAUCCCACAGAACUCGCAAGGGUCCAUUAUCUUUACGACAAGAGACACCGCCAUCGGAUACAAGCUCACAGCCGAGGCUGAACGGCGGCCAAUCGUCAAGAUUCCAAAGAUGCCCCUGGAUAGGGCGCUCUUACUGCUUGAAUCCAAAGUGGAAUUCAAUGUGGGGGACAGACGGAUCGCCGAAGAGCUUGUCGAGCAAUUGGAUUGCCUACCAAUAUCGAUAAUACAGGCAUCGUCAUAUAUGCAGCAAAUGCAAAUUGGUGUAGCAGAGUAUCUGGAACGCUACAAGGAGGAUGAAUCCACUCGAGCAGUCCUGCUCCAGCACGAGAUUACCAGCCUCAUGAAAGGUACGGAAGACUCGCAAGAGCAUGAAAUCCACACGUCUAUCGUCAAGACAUGGGCAAUCUCAUUUGAACAGAUCAGGAAAGCCAAUCUGCCAGCAGCCGAGCUCCUUUCCCUCCUGGGGGUCCUUGAUGGUUCUGGAUAUCCAAAGUUCCUUAUCGAAGCAAUAUAUUCCGAUUUCGCGAGGUAUAGCGCCGCAACGAAGGACUUGCUCACCCUUUCGUUGAUAUGGCCGACAACCGAUGCAUUCGAGAUUCACUCCACGGUUUACUGGGUCACGCGUGCAUGGCUUCUCAAUCGGUCAGUGUUCGGAAAAUGGGCGGAAGAAGCGUUGUCACUGAUAUCGUCUAAUUUCCCCGACGAGGACUACGACUCCAAGCAGUGGGAGAAGUGCAGGCAACUUCUACCACAUGCCAACGUGGUGCUGCAGCGUUCUGUCUGUGCAGAUCGGCUGCGCCAACAGCGUGCCAGGCUCCUCCGCACAAGUGGCGGUUACCUACACAGGCGCGGCGAUUUCACGAAUGGCUUGCAGAGACUCAAGGAGGCGCAUGAAAUCGGAAUCAAGAUCUCCAUGGAUGAUUCCUUCAUUUGGGGAACUUAUGACCGCAUUGGAUCUUGCCUAGGAGAAGCAGGCCGAUUCCGUGAGGCUGAACCUUAUAGUGAGAAGGCCUUUGAACAUUUCAGGGACCUCCACGGCUUAUCCCACAAGGAUACUCUCGAGAGCUUAUCGAGUCUGGCAACUUCCUUGAACGGUCAGGGGCGAUACCGAGAGUCAGAGAAGCUCUACCGCCAGGCGAUGAUUGGGUACGAGAAGCUUCAUGGUCCCGAUCAUCCGCACACCUUGAUAGCAGUCAACAAUCUCGCUCAUUCACUUCGAGAUCUCGAACGACUUGAGGAAGCCGAAAUGCUCAAUCAGAGAUGCCUGGACACGAGAAAAAAGGUCCUUGCACCCAACAACCCUCUUAUAUUUGUGAGUAUGAACAACCUUGCAUCCAUUCAACUCAGCCGCAAGAAGUACCCGCAGGCCAUUUCGGUAUAUCGGGACGCACUAGAAAGGCUCGAGGAGAUCUUGACCACGAAACACCCCACCACCUUAUCCACAAUGAAUAACCUGGCGGCUGCAUUGAAAGGAAAUGGGCAAAAGAAGGAUGCUCAAGAAAUGUUUGAGAAAGUUAUUGCCCUCAAGGAAGAACACUUAGGGUUGAAUCACGUGAGCACAUUGCGGAGCCUCUAUCAUCUCGCAUCAGUUCUAAGAGACCAAGGUUUUAUUGAACGAGCCAGGGAGACGUGCGAGAUUAUGAUUGAGAGAAGUGAAAUUGCGCUGGGCUGUGACGAUCCAGAAACACUAAGAGCACGCAACUUGCUUUCAGACAUAAUCCAGCAAGGUCGUUAA